UGAAAUGAAGCUGUUUGUAAACAAUCCAUAUAGCUCUCCCCACACCAUAUCGUAGUUUGGUGUAGUGUGAGCAGGACAGCGCAACUUGUGCACGUUGCUUCAUAUGGGUACGACUACGCUUCGCAGCGCCCCAAAACGUAAACAAACGCAACAGAAAGGACCGGCACGGCGGGUGCAAUCCGAAGGCGCGUCAUAAAUCGUACUCUCAUCAACACGGAAUAAAGUUAUCCUUCGGUAAAGGUUCGUGGCUGGUGCUGCCGGUUCGCAAGUUGCCUGGCAUUGGGUGUGUUAUUUAUUUUCCUAUUGAUUCCAACACCCCAGUGCCGCGAGGUUAUGUAACGGAUCCGCAAGAUAAUCAACCGAUCCGAACCGAUCCGGUGCCGAUGACGAUGGCGGUACGACAAUCCGCGUGCAGAUUGCUAUCGGCAGUCGCUGGCUGUGGUCCGUCCGGUGCUGCUGUGGAGGAAACGCUCGAAACCAUGGCACGUAUCAUACCGGGAAUAUUUAAACAUUCGCGCUGCCGGAACAACGUGUACCCGCAGAGUGACGUCCGGCGCUAUCCCGUACCGGAUGAGUCCGUUUUUUGGACGCAAACGUACUCCGACUAUCAGCCACCGUGUCACGAAUCGCCCAUACUGCAGGGCAAAGAGUGGGCCGAUCUGGAUGUUGAUAAUGCUUCGUUCAAACCGAAAUGGAACGAGCUGGACGGGAAGGUCAAUCGCGUAAGCUUUAUUGGGACGUACGAGAUACGGGACAGCUGUCCGUUAAAUCCGUUCGGGCGCACGGGAAUCCGGGGCAGAGGCAUACUCGGUCGCUGGGGUCCAAACCAUGCAGCCGAUCCGGUCGUAACGCGCUGGAAGCUUGAUGAAGCCGGACAACCGAUGCUGCACCCGGUUAGUGGCAAGCGUAUCCUGCAGAUGUGUGCGAUCGAGCGGCAGGAUUGUGGCGAGUGGGCCAUCCCCGGCGGUAUGGUGGAUCCGGGCGAGAAGGUUAGUGCUACGUUGCGUCGCGAAUUUCUCGAGGAAACGAUGGACAACGAUGCUGGUGAGAUGGCGGGCGAAGUGGAACAGUUCUUUGCCGCCGGUACCGAAAUUUACAAAGGGUACGUGGACGAUCCGCGCAAUACGGACUGUGCCUGGAUGGAGACGGUCGCGGUAAACUUCCACGAUGAGUCAGGUUCGGUCGUCGGACGGUUCCCGUUGCAUGCGGGUGAUGAUGCGGCGAAGGUACGCUGGAUGGACGUUGGUGAGGAGGUGAAACUGUACGCCAGCCAUUCGAACAUUGUUAAACGUGUGGUCGAUAUGCUGGAAGCACACUGGUGAGGCGCGACGGUAGAAUCAUCAUAAAAAAACUGUGAUUGGCACGCACGCAUCGACGGAAAGAAAACAGAAAACCCCCGCCAAUGCCGAUGCCUUUCGGAUGUUUCUUCGGUACGUUUGUGUGACCUUCGGGUGCCGUAAUGUUACCGUAGAACGGUUCAAAAUUCGACGUAACUGCUUGCAAAAUGGAAUAAACACAAAAGAAGGUAUCACCAUUUUACUACAUUGGCAUGUUGGUUGGUGAUUAAAAUAA